AUGAGCAGCGCAGUGCUCCUCGCACACCUCCCUGACCCCAGUAGCAGCUUCAGGGAAGACGCUCCCCGACCCCCUGUCCCUGGGGAGGAAGGAGAAACACCAUGCCCGCAGCUCGCCAGCUCGUUCCUCGCCAAAAACCAAAGCUUCAAGGCCAUGCCGGUGCCUCCUGCCCCGCGGAGGAAUGAGAACGGGCUGGGUGAACCGGAGGGCAGCGCAUCCCCAGAUUCCCCUCUGGCCAGAUGGACCAAAUCUUUGCAUUCCUUGUUAGGAGAUCAAGAUGGUGCCUAUCUUUUUCGGACUUUUCUGGAAAGGGAAAAAUGUGUGGAUACUUUAGAUUUCUGGUUUGCCUGUAAUGGUUUCAGGCAGAUGGACCUUAAGGAUACCAAAACUUUGCGAGUAGCCAAAGCUAUUUACAAAAGGUACAUCGAGAACAACAGCAUCGUCUCCAAGCAGCUCAAGCCUGCUACCAAAACCUACAUAAGGGACAGCAUCAAGAAGCAGCAGAUAGAUUCCAUCAUGUUUGAUCAGGCACAGACUGAGAUUCAGACUGUGAUGGAGGAAAAUGCUUACCAGAUGUUUUUAACUUCUGAUAUAUACCUCGAAUACGUACGGAGUGGAGGGGAGAAUCCUGCUUACAUGAACAGCAACGGACUGGGGAGCUUAAAAGUUGUCUGUGGCUAUCUCCCGACCUUGAAUGAAGAAGAGGAAUGGAGCUGUGCAGACUUUAAAAACAAAAUCUUGCCUUCGGUGGUUGGACUAUCCAGCAAGACGUUGAGGGUUACAGCCAAUGUCAGAGCCACGGAAACGAUGGAGAAUGGCUACAGGUCCUUCAAGAGGAAUGAUCCUGUUAACCCAUACCACGUGAACUCUGGCUAUGUUUUUGCCCCAGCGACCAGCGCGAACGACAGUGAAAUAUCUAGCGAUGCCCUGACGGACGACUCCAUGUCCAUGACAGACAGCAGUGUAGAUGGGAUCCCCCCAUACAGAAUUGGGAGCAAGAAGCAGCUCCAGCGGGAAAUGCAUCGAAGCGUCAAGGCCAACGGUCAAGUUUCUCUACCUCAUUUUCCGAGGACCCACCGUCUUCCCAAGGAGAUGACCCCGGUGGAACCAGCUGCCUUCGCCGCGGAGCUCAUUUCCCGGCUGGAGAAGCUGAAGCAGGAGCAAGAAACCAUGGACUGUCUGGAGGAGAGGCUGCAGCAGAUCAAGGAGGUAGGAGGAUUAACCCUCCCGCGUGCCACCAGGCUGGGG